AUGGACAACCAGCCCUCUGCAAGUGACCCCGAGCCGCCAUCCCCCCUCGGCCAAACUCUUUCUGUCGCCAUCAUUGGCGGUGGCGUUGCAGGUCUGGCUCUUGCAGCCGGUCUCAUCAAAAACCCACACCUCGACGUUCAUGUGUACGAGGCUGACUCCGAAAUUCGCGAUUAUGGUGCCGGACUUACGCUCCAUCGCAAUGGGCUCGAAGCCAUGGCCUACAUUGGCCCCGAGAUCCGCAAGGCUUAUCUGGAUGCCGCUAUUUCCAUCGCGGAGGAAGAGAACGAAGAGACCGCAACCGAAGUUUACUUGGCUUGCGGCGAGCAUGCGGGACAGGUCAUCGCUGAGCUCGGCCGUGCCAAAGGUCGGAAGAGCCUGAGUCGCGCGGACCUGAUCCGUGCUCUACUGACCAUAAUCCCCAAGGAACGCGUCCAUUUUGGCGAAAGGCUGGCGAAAAUCAAGAGCUACAAUGCAAAAUUGCGGGAGAUACGUUUUACAUUUGAAAAGGACGCCCAGAUCUAUACCGCAAAUUGUUUGUUUGGUGCCGACGGCAUCAACAGCAUCGUCCGCAAGUACAUCUUAGGAGCUAACCACCCUGCCGCGAGCCCCAAAAACACAGACAACUGGUAUAUGUAUCGCAUACAGAUUCCCAUGAAGGUCGCUCGCGAAUACGGGGUUGACGACCGGCUAACCCGCACUGUGCCAAUCUCGCUUGGUCCCCAUGGCCACCUCAACUGCAUACCCCUGAACAAAGGGACAAGAUUGAGCGUCGGGAUUGCGUUGCGCAACCUCAAGUACCAACCUUACAUCAAAUACUCUUCUGCGUCUGACCCUCCAUUGAACCGGAGUGACCUUCCGUCUAUUCCCUCAAUACUAACCAGUGUCUACCAUCCCAUCACGCAUCCGCUUCUAAACCUCUUGUCCAAUCCUCCUAUCGAGGGAGGGAAGGAUAUCGAAGUUCAAAUCUUCGCUCAACCGCUCCAAGAUCUUGAUCGAGUCGACACCUAUCUCCGCAAGGGCGAAAGACAGCCGAUCACCAUCCUCGGUGAUGCAGCCCAUGCUGCUCUGCCCUUUGCAGGGCAGGGUGCAGCUCAGGCUUUUGAGGACGCAGCGAUUCUCAGUUGCCUGUUCAGCAUGGUAAAAACUCGGCGGCACGCAUUCUACGCAAUGACGGCGUAUGAACAGGUCCGAUUGGAACGGGCCCAGACUGUGAGGGACGCUGCCAGACGGUAUGGACUAAUAUAUGCAUGGGCGGACAAUGAUGGUGUAAGGGGCGAGAAGCGAGGGGUGGCCAACUUUUUGAGGCACUAUGGCAAGUGGAUGAACGAACUGGAUAUCAAAGCAGUGGUACAAGAGGCGAAAAGCAAGUUCUAG